AUGACUACGACGACGAAUCUCAAAAUGACGUCCAAGGGCUCCCCAGCAAAGGCGGACCCCUUCGCCGUGCUAAACUACGACUGCCUGAGUCUGAUUCUGGACCACGUGCCCCUGCGCGAUCUCGCGAACGCCCAGUGCGUCAGCACCGAGUGGUACCUCCAGAUCCAGGAGUGGAUCACCACCCGCGGGCUGCAGGUGCAUUUUCCGGCCGUGUGGGCCGAGAUGAGACUGCAGCCCCAGUGGAAGGGGAGGGGCGCGGAGGCGCACAGACGGCGCAAGAUCCCCGGCAUCUUCAGGGAAUGCGCCAUGCAGCAACGCACGAACAACGCGUGGGUGGGCGGAGAUACGGAUUGGACGACGCAUUGCGUGGGCGAGGGGGAGAGCGAGGUCGGCCGUGCUGGGAUCCAAGCGGCAGGGGACUUCCUGGCCUGGAAAGACGGCGAGUCGAUCUGCUGGAAGCGGGCGGGAUACUGGGUAGAUGAGCAUGGGCAGCGGUGCGGAUAUCCCACUCGGACGGUGAAUAUCAAGGUGCUGGGACUGGCUCAGGUGGUGUACCUGCGGCUACACGCAUCUGGCUUGCUAUUUGUGGGACACGCUCAACGGUGGAAUGAUAUGUCCUUCGUCUUCCGGAUGUGCAUGUUCGAGCUCGAGACAGACGAGGAGUUAUGGUCUUGGAACUAUCGUCUACAGUCUAACGGACUUCGCACGGAGAAGCCGCCCAUUGAACUCAUUGCAAUGGGUUGGGACAAGAUCUACUUCAGGCGUACGGGCAGAACAUACCGUGCACUGUACGACCCUGCAGCAGCCGGCGUUGCAGCGUACGACCUGAGGACCGGGACCUUCCUACACAGUCUGCCAUUGUUUACAUCUAAGCUUUUGGUAGAGAGCGAGACGCGCGUGUGGCGCCUGGGAGGCCGCGAGGUCAUUGUGGGCGUCAGCCUGGGGCGGCCGGAUAAGCACACGGACAAAUUGCAUUUUAUCAACGCCCAGACCGGAUCGACCAUUCAGACCAUCCCGAUAGAUGGCUGCACAGGACAUCGUAUAGUGGUUUCAAGCCGGCCCGGCGAACUAGCGUUUGCGGUGGUUGGUCGGAAGGCUUGCGAAGGUGAGGGGGCGUCCGUUGCUGUGAGUAUACCUUUUCACUAUGACCGUGAGGCUGAGAUGUUCGUGCAACGGGACACUCAACAUUUCGACCUUUCCCAGAUUCCAAUGGCUCCAAAAGAUAUUGUGCACUGGGACCCAUUCAAAGGGGUUAUGGUGGUUGUUAACAACACCUCGAACGGCUUCACUCUCGCCUUUUCCUAUCCAAUGUUGCAGCCCAAGUCUCCGGUUGAUAACGCUAAACGCCGAGUAUGGUUACAGCAAUCACUGAAGGAGAUUACUGAUGUCAAGGUUGGCGCUGGGGGGAACCGGCUUUACUUGUUCCACGCCGGUCGAUUCGUUGGUCCCGGUCUGCUGUACAAGGACCAGGUCGACGUCUUGGAAUUCGGACCAGGAGGUGGUUUGCCAUUGGAGUUCGCGAAUUGCUUGCAUGCCCCGGAUCGUGUUGACUGA